GAUCCUGAGGUCGAGAGUUCGAGCCUCUCUCACCCCAACAAAUUCAAUUCUUUUUCUCCAACAGUGGACCCACCCGACCGGAAUCCAUAUCCUCGAUCCUACCCACUCGCCCUUUUGCCUCUCCGUUUUUUCGUCUGUUAUGAUGCAUCUAUUGCUCUUCGAAAUUGCAAGAGAAUUGAAAAAUUGGGUGAUCCAGUUGGUCCUGUUAAGAACAUUCUCAAGCUUUGUCCAGAGAGAAUAUUGGUAACACUAUACAGGGUCCCAAGCUUUGAUUCUGUUGAUGACUUCCUUCAGAAAGUUGCUACUGUCAGGGGAAAGCUCAAAAGGGUGGGAUUGUAGAUGUUGAUGCUGCUGCGAGGAUUGUGUUGCAUGACUGGAAUGAAGGUAAAAUUCCACAUACCAUGCCUCCCAAUAGGAAUGCAGAGGAGCCUUCCGAGGCAAAGAUUGUCACCGAACUGGGGAAGGAGUUCAAUGUGGAUGAAGUCUAUGGUGGUGAAUCUUCAUUUAUAGGCAGUUUGAAGUCUGUCAAUGACUUCAAUCCUGUAGAAGUUCCUUCGAAUUGUCCUUCAAAUUUUGACAUGAUGGCGCUUGAGGAUGAUGCAGCGCCUCAAGCUCCCACUCAAGGUGACGACCAGUCCAUGGAAUCUCAAGAAGAAAAUACAGUGGCAAAGGACAAAUCUGCCAGUAGAGGAAGGCAUGCUAAACGCCAAAUUGAGGAAAGCAGAGAAGAGAAGGCGGAAGAAGGAAAACCAAUCAUCUGCAAUGGACCAUGAUGCCAAUGAGGAUUAUGACUUUAAGGUUGAUUACAUCAAGGUGUCUGCCAUGGAUACUGGCGAUCAGGAUGGCAUGGCUGAUAAGAGGAACAAAAACAGAUUCGAGCUGCCUUCUGGAGUAGAGUUGGACAAUGAAUAAUCAAUUCUUUUCCCUAAAAGAAAACGAGAAAUAUAGUGAACCGUGAUUUUGUGGGAUUUUAUUUUUUCUUUGGUAGUGACACGAAAUUCAUAUAUUGCAUAACUUAUACCUCCCCGUCUUACAGCAAAGCAAGUACACUAUGAGGCCAUAAAAUUAAAUUUAUCAACACUCAGUUAUAUUGCAAGUAUUAUUACAUUCUAUAUGUAAAUAGUCACUCUUCUGAAACUUUAAAUCAAUCCAACAAGUAUAUGAAUUUGAGUUUGAUCAAAUCCAAUUUUUGAAGAAUUUACUGUUUUGGGAUACAUAGAGAACAUACUGCCACAAGGAUACAACUAAUGAUCAAUUCUUAUUUAGUAGCCCCAAAAAAGGAUCAUCAUUGGUGGGCUUCUGUGUCGAUGAUGCAGCGGAGAUAACAGAAUCAGAGACGGUGGAUGUAGUUUCUAAAACACUGUUAACAGUUGAUACUCCAAGCGCAGUAGACUUGGAAACUAGUCCUUG